ACUUCAUGAGGUUAUCAUGGUCAGUAGUUUAUCAGGGGUCACGUCACAACACAGCGAAUGAGCUCCGUUAGAACUCGCGCCAUGCUGCUCUAAGCUGGGUGGUGCUGUGAUUCCCUCGAAGAAGCAAACAAGCCGAGGCGAUGACCGUCCUGCACCUAGUGGGCGUGGCACUGCGCCUCUUGGCACACAAGGAGUCCGUGUCGUCGGUAGCACACGCCGGCAUCGAAGGCACGAUAAACACAGCCACACCAGAGGGCGUGCACUUCUCCUCAAAGUAUAUCAAGAGUGCUGCACAUUAUGUUGUGAACGAAACAUUUACCACAGUGCUUGCUAAUUUUGCUGAGGAUUUACGUCAGAACAACAUAACAAUUAUUAGAAAAUAUGGGCAGGAUGCAGAAAGAGACAUAGAAGUUGCCCUCGUCUCUUUGUCGCAGCUGGCAAACGAGAUCAAGUCCAACGAGCCGUUCAAACCACUGGUUUCAAAUCGAAGUGAUGUUGCCUUGUGGAAUUCAUUUCUGAAUGAACAAACCAAGAAAGAUGGAACUGCUGUGAAGUGGUAUUCUGGGACGUUCCUUUAUACGCAGUGCUAUUUGUAUCGCAGAGUUAAACAAAUUUUUGAAUUAAGCAAAACUUUGCAGAAUUUUGACUUCUGUCAAAAAAGGAAAGAAACUAGUCUGAUUCAGUCGAUGGGCUCAUGUACUCUCUUUGCAAAUUACCUCAUUGACAAGCUGAGUGAAUCGAAUCUCACAUCAGAGGAAUUAGGGAAGGAAGCCAUCAGGUUAAUCAAGCUCAGCAUGUGGAGUAACCGCUUUGACAUGUCGAUUACUCUAGGACUGGCCACUUCUUCGAAAGAUAACCCAAUGGAAUUGGUAGAUCGUUUGGAAGAAUUUAUCAUGGUUGAUGACACAGAGGCAGUUUUGAAGGAAUUAAUUGAGUCCAAGAACAGAAAUACUUCAAUUGACUUUGUGAAUGACAAUGCUGGCUAUGAACUGUUUGCGGAUCUCUGCCUGGCAGAUUUCUUACUGACUUCUGGAUUUGCCUGCACGAUACGUUUCCACGUGAAAGCUUUUUCAUGGUACGUCUCUGAUACCACAACGGAGGACAUUGUACAGACAGUGGAUAUCCUCUCAGAAAUGGGUUCGCACUCAGCAAGUCUACCUGAACUGUCAAAAAGAUGGAAGAGUUACUUGGACUCUGGUCGCUGGGAAAUACACACGAGUGAUUUCUGGACGUUGCCACACGCGUAUUUCGUAAUGCCCAAAAUCGACCCCGUUCUGUACAGAAAACUGUCCCAAUCAUCACUUUUGAUUUUCAAAGGUGAUUUGAACUAUCGUAAGCUUAUGGCAGGUUUCCAUUGGCCAUCGACGGAGGGUUUCACCACAGCUUUACAAGGUUUCCAACCAACCAGUCUAGUGUCGUUGCGAACGAUAAAAUCAGAUGUUAUAUGUGGCUUACAGCCUGGUCAAGUUGAGAGUGUUUCAGCUACGAAUUUUGCGUGGAACGUUUGUGGAGAUUACGGAUUAGUGCAGUACUCUGGAAACUAGAUCAGGUACGUCUCAAGUGCAGCUCCAAAAAUUCUUGGGGGGGUCCAUAGUUGGGUGUACUUAAAUACUUAAAACUAAAAAUACUUAAAUUCAUUUUUUAAACUUUUCUCUUGUCAAAAGUUUUAUGAAACUGUUACAGUUCUGUAAUUGGGACCAUGAAUUUGUAAACACUCCAAGGCCAAACUCAGGCUUAUUUAAUGUCCUGUUUUUCAACUGGAUCCUUUCUUUGUAAGAUAGCCCUGCCCGAGAAGUCUUUCUGGAGCCACCCUUGGUACAUCUAGUCGUUAUCUCACAUCUGUAGGGUGGUUAAAAUGGUGCAUAAGAGCUGUUAAUACACUGUGAGUUAAAUCACAUUAAAUAAUACUCAGUAAAAUUUCUUACAUUAAAUGGGAAACACCAAGAUUUUAUACAAGAAUGUCAAUGAUUAAAUGAAGACACCUGUAUUAUUACAAUAAUGUUAGUGAAUUGAUUGUGAUACUUAAACAAACCUACAAAUUGUGUUUAUUUUAUGUUUAUGCUACAGAAUAUUUAUGGUUUGGAUUGUAAAUUUGAGCAUUAAAAAUACUACCUCAUAAACAGCA